AUGCCUGACUCGCCCUUCGCGAUGUCUGACUCUCUCGCCAAGGCCAUGGUCGAAGCUGAUGCUCCCACGAAGCACGUCCGCUGCCUUAUGGACGACAUCUCCGUUGGCUCUGAUGAUGCUCGCCAUCUUACUGCCCUUCGUCGAGACAUCACUCAGCGGUUGUCACAUCGCAUGUUCGAGACCAAUGACAAGAAGGAGGUCAGCAACCUUCCCGACCAGAUACCCAGUGAUCCCCAACCAUGUCUAGGUGUGCAAUGGCAUCCGAAGUGUGACUCUCUGUCUCUCAAGUCAGACCUUCGUCAUAAGGCCUCAACGGUGACCACAGUCAAGCUUCUCAAGCGUUACGGCAACGGCUUCUACGACCCCCUUGGUUGGCAUCUCGAGCUCUCUAUGCAGCUCCGCCUCCUGUGCCGCCAAGCCAGGUCUAACGCCGACCCGCACACUGGUCACCUCCGCGCUGAGGACACCCAGGCUCUGGUCGCCUGGGAGAAUCAAUUGAAGGCCUUCGACCUAAGAGUCCCUCGACUUCUACGUCGACCAGACAGCAGUGACACCGCAGGCGCUGCUCUGUUGUACACCCUCCACGGCCAGCUAUCUCUAUCUCUCGGCUACGUCAAGCUGACUCCCACCACUGGCGCCAACCGUUAUCGGUCUGUCUUUUUCCAGCCCAUCGACAACGUGGUGCGGACGGUUUCUGAGCCUGUCCACGACUCUGACACGCCCCUACCUGGGCCCCCAGAGUCUCAUCAAGUUUCUGAUGAGUCCAUUCCUGACAAGGCUCCUAGCGUCGAGACCACCGUUAGCCCCCAAGUUGAAGCUGAUUCUUCGAAGGCCUUAGCAAGUGCUCAGGACGACGCCCACGUCAACGACACUGCUCCAAGUGCUCUACCUUCGAAGGCCUUCACAUCAACCACCGGCUCUUCAGCAGACGACACAGUCAUUCACGAGCCUUCUUCGACCUCCUCUCGGCCAAGGACUAAACGGACUACUGUUCCACGCCGUACCGGUGACCCCCAUCCUGAAGUGAAGAACUUCGCGUACAUCAAUUCUUCUGGUCGAGGUGGACUCCAAUAUGGAAGGGUUAUCAGCGUUGACCAAGGCCUUUACCGACUGCAACUAGCAGACCGUUCUGCCGACGGAAACUCUCUACGCCUUCGCUCUGAUAUGGCCUCUUCUCCGACUGCCUAUCUACUUCGUGUCCAAGGAGACUCUGACGACUUCCCCGACAACAAGACCGAUUUCCGUCUGACUCGAGCGUCUGUCCGUUUCCUUGACAACCUCAAGAUGACCAAGCGCUGA